GUACCAGCACCAACACUAUCUCAUCUGAGUUUUAUUGGUGACGUCAUCGGUGAUGCAAUUGCUGUCAGUUUUGUUGCCUUUGCUACGUCGUACGCUAUGGCAAAGAUUCUAGCAGAGAAAGAUAAAGAAGAGGUUAAUGCAAACCAAGAAUUGGUCGCCAAUGGGUUGUGUAACGUAAUCGGGGCCCUAUUCUCGGCUUUCUGUUGCUCGGCUUCAUUGUCUAGAAGUCUAGUUCAGGAUAAUGCUGGUGGAAAAACACAGGUGGUUGGCCUUGUGUCGUCACUACUCGUCUUUAUCGUCAUCGCUUAUAUCGGACCUAUGUUUUCAAGUCUGCCGAAUUGUAUUCUGGCAUGCAUCGUCAUAGUCACACUCAAGGGGAUGUUCCAUCAGUUUCACGACAUGAUGUUUCUAUGGAAGUUAUGCAAGAGAGACUUUGCUGUCUGGAUGGUGACGUUCCUAGCCACGGUGAUUCUGGAUGCUGGUCUGGGUCUUAUGGUGGGGGUGAUAUUUGCUUUAUACUUCGUACUCCGAAACACACAGAGGCCUUAUAUCUGUGCCAUGGGACGAGUGCCAGGAACGAACGCUUAUAAGGAUCUGAAACUCAGUAGAACCUUAAUCCAGAUCCCCGGUAUCAAGAUUUUCCGUUUUGACUGUAACUUGUAUUUUGCCAAUGCUGAACAAUUCCGGGAUCGCCUUUACGAGAGAACGGGGCUGAAUCCUCGAAAGCUGAAAAGGAAGAAGCAGAGAGCUUUAUAUAAGGCAAUGUUACAACGAAAGCGAGAAAUCGAGCUGGCGGAGAUCGAGGAAGCGGCGGCCGCGAGAAAAGAAAAGAAGCAGCUUUUGAAGCAGAAGAGUUCUAUCGAGGAAGACGUGGAGAAGGACGAUGAUGACGACAGAGAGUUGACAGACGAGCAGCAGACGGAACUACAGCUCGAGAACGGCGAGAUGCAGACGAGAUUUUCCCGCGCGUGGGUGCCCCCAGUUCACACCGUGGUGCUGGAUUUCUCCGUCAUCAGUUACGUAGACAGCGUAGCCGUUAAAGUUCUCUCACAGAUUAUAAUGGACUUCAAGGAGGUCGGCAUCAAAGUCUUCUUGGCAGGAUGCAGAGAGGAUGUGAGGAAGAUAAUUAAGAAAUCCGAGUUUUACAAGUCAAUAGACUAUAACUGUCUCUACUUCACCAUACAUGAAGCUGUAGUAAUAGCCCAAGAGCUCCACCAGCAAGUGGGGGAUCCGCCACUAAGUCCAAAAGACAUUUUGAUCGUGGAGGAAGAGAGCCGAGAGGCUAGUGCUAGGCUGGCAGCGUAUGAGGGAGACGAUGAAAAUAUCCCACAAGUCGGUGCUAAUGAAUAGAUUUAGAUGAAUACAACGAAUAAUCAAACCCUCUCAGGACUCCAGAGUUCCAUCUAAACUUCAGCACAUAUAUAUUUGUACAUGAUGAAAGUGACUAUGUGAAAUGUAUAUUCAUCAAAAAAUAAGAUUUCAAAAGCUUAUAUACAAUCCACCUUCACAUAGGAGGCUGACAGUCCGAAAUCACAGAACAGUACCUAUUUUGUAUUCUGUUUAUACAGUGUAUGACUUAUGAUCAUGUGUCAAAUUUUAAUCAGUGCAAGCACUAAUUCAACACCAUCAACUUACUGAAGCUUUAGUUAUAAAUAUGUCUCAUUGAAAAUUAUUUUUUUUUUUUUUGGUUUUCACAUGACAUAUUAAAGGCUAUGAAUACUU